GAGAGAGAGACCUUCUUUAUGUGCUCCUGUCAUCCUAUCUCCAUGUUCUCUUCUUGUCGAAGUUGCUCAUAAGAAGCCUGCAUAAGACGACUAAUCAUGACUUCGUCGCCACAUCAAUUCGACUAAGCUUUCUCUCAUGUCCUUCUUGAUCAAACGCAACAAGCAUGCGCGCGUUGCCCAACGAAAGGCACGUCGAAUGAUCCUCCAUUAAACCCGCUCUCGUGGACACAAUUAUUCCACCCUUCCCUCAUCUCCUUCGCCCUUUUACCCCACACUCGCCUCUCUCAUCCCUAUUUAAACACUCCUCUAUGCCUCGUCUUCCCAUAGACAUACUCUCGUCUCUCACUCUUGGAUACUGUGUUGUAUUAGAAAUAUACAGAUGAGGACUAUGAUAGACUUGGGGAGCCAGAGAGACUCUCUCUACAUCAUCGACACGGCAACUGCCGUCGACUGCACCAAGGACGUCCGCUUCCGGCGAUCUUUCCGAAGCCUCAUCGAGUGCGUGGUUCCAUGCUGUGGCUUCCAGCUGUCGUCCAACACUUCUGAUGUUCCAGACUCUCAUUCCACCGGCGGCGGUUCCACCCCCCCAACCACCACCGUCACCGGCACCUUCUAUGGGCACCGCCGCGGUCACGUCAGGUUCUGCCUGCACGACAGCUCCCGGACCUCCCCCAUCCUUCUGCUGGAGUUCACCAUCCCCACCGCCUGCCUCGCCAGGGAGAUGCGGCAUGGGCUACUGCGCGUGGCGCUCGAAUGCGACCGGAAUCGUGCUCGGUGCUCGUCGCUGUUCGGCGUGCCGGUGUGGUCGGUUUACUGCAACGGGCGCAAAGUGGGGUUCGCCAUCCGGCGUCGGAUGAGCGAAGGCGACGCCGCCAUCUUGAAGCUAAUGAGGGCCAUAUCGGUCGGAACAGGCGUUCUUCCUGGUGCGUCCAAGAUGGGUGAAGGAGACAUUCUGUACCUGAGGGCAAGCUUUGAGAGGGUGAUCGGUUCGAUCAAUUCGGAGUCGUUUCAUAUGAUCAAUCCGGUGGGCUGCACCGGGCAGCAGCUGAGCAUCUUUCUUGUGAGAAGUUAGAGACCAUCUACAAUCUGCGUAUUCUGUAAGUCUCAGUCAAAGAUAUGUUAGAUAAUUGAGACCUAUGUCUACAUGUUGAUGUCUGUAGGCCUAUUGACUUGUCUUAUCAUCAAAGCUGGUAAUUCUGUGCGUCAUCGUUGACUCUCGUCAGCAGGUUUCAGCUGGGCCAUGGCAUUCACCAACCAUUCAUGAUCACUCUCUGUACGCAUGCAGGAGAUCGGAGUUCGUAA